AUGUAGCGACCUCUACUUUGUUUUGUUUAUAAGAAACACUAAUUUGAGGUUAUGAACGGUCUUUGAGAUGAAAUCGAAAAAUUUUUGAUUAUUUCAAUAGGAUUUCGAAAGAAAGAUGACGGAAUCAAUUGAAUUAUUAUUCUUUGAUACUUUCGCUCACGAUAACAGCGAGGAAUUGAAUUUGGAUUUGGUUCAAUUUCCAAAACCUGUUUAUGUUACGGAAGUACGAAUUAUACCUUUGGGUGCUCGAGUACAAGCUGACUUUCCUGGUGGUGUACGAUUAGGAGCUACAAAUCCGAGUCAAUUUCGCAUAGAGUUUUUUGUCAAUGAUCUUGGUAAACGAGGAGCAAGCACUUUUGAGUCAUUAGGAGGUUUCGAAUACAAUCAGAAUGGUUGUAUUAACUUGGAGUGUGUUCCUGAUGAUACUGUUAGAAAAAUACCAACCGAUGGAUUAGUUUUGCGGGGAUGGUACACUACAAUAACAUUGGCUGUUUAUGGAACUUUAACGGCUAAUAUAGCCGAACAAAUUGCAUCGCCAGCUGUGACACCAGCUCUUCCCGCUCAAUCUAGCACGAUAGCAGACGUUCAACAAAUCGUUCCACAAACUCCGUUAGAGUCAGAGUGGCCCCAAGAAACCAUCCAACCUGUUUCGAUAGAAUAUUCCCAACAACCUGCAACACAAUACGUUCAAAAUUACACCCAACCCGAACCUUAUCCUCAAGAAUACAAUGAGUAUUAUAACGAAGUACCCAAAGAUCCAAGAAGUUAUCAUCAAACCCCCGAUUCUGAAUGGGAUAAUAAACAAAGAAGUCGAUCGAUUGAAAUCGAUAGGGAACGAGAAAGAACUCGAGAUCAACCAUAUCAAAAACCACCCCAAACAGAACAUGAUCAUCGCCCCGAAGCAGAUCGCCGUGAAAGAGACCGAGAAAGACGUUACUCACGCUCACACAGUCGUGAUAGAGAUAGAGAUCGUCCAUCCCGUGAUUAUCCCGAUGGACGCGAACGCGAUCAUGAUCGUGAUAGAGAAUGGGAUCAUGAUCGUCAUGAAUAUCGCGAUCGUAAUCGAGAUAGAGAUAGGGAUCGUGACCGUGAUAGAGAGAGGGAUCGUGAACGUGAUAGAGAACGCGAUCGCGAUAGAGAACGUGGUGAUCGUGAUAGAGAGAGGGAUCGAAACGAUCGAGAUAGAGACAGAACGGAAAGGGAUCGCGAAAGAGAUAGAGAUCGUGAAAGGGAUAAAGAGAGGAGUUAUGAGCAUCAAGAUAAUUACAGACGUACUUAUAAUCGAGAAGAACGAGAUGAAGUAAGAAAACGUCCAAGAACGCCCCCAAUGGUUUCACCAAAACGUCCACAUACACCUCACAUGGAACGUAAAGAACUAUCACCGCAAGAAGUUGAAGUUUUAUCCGAAGAAGAACUACAUCCCGAAAAACAAAAACGCGAAAAAGAAGAAAUAAUAAAAGCAAGUGUUAAAAGCCCAGCUAAAGAAAUUAAAGAAGUUCAAUCUCCCGUUGUUGAAGAACCACCGCCGAUGGAUGCUGAAGAAUUCGAGCCGAUUUUAAGUGACGAAGAUAUUGUUGAUGACGAACAUUAUCAAGAAUUAGAUUAUGACUACACAGCCUAUACAAAUAAUGACGAUAUUAUUAAACAAUUUAUUCCCGGAUCGACUGAUUUACAAAAAUAUCCAACUCCGGCUUUAUUUUCGAUUAAAGAUACGAUUGAGUUGGACGAAGAAUUAAAAAUCGUUCUUGGUAUAGCCGACGAUUUCUUUAAAUCGAGUAUUACCGAGUAUAAAUUAAAAGAUUUUAUUAAAUUAGACCGAGAAAUUAAAGAAGAAUUAGUACAUUUAUGUGAAAAAGUUAUGACCACAAUUACAAAUGUGAAUCAUUUUUGUAAUAUUAUUGAGAUUUAUUGCAAAACUAAAAAUUCGACGAGAAAUUUUAACGAAAGUGAUAAAGAAAUUAUCGGACAAGUAAAAUUUAUAACUGAAACUUUAUUAGAUUGGAUUAUAAUUGCUUUGGAUUAUCGCAUGGCUAAUGAACAAUACAAACCUUGUUACAAAAUAAGACACAUUAAAUGUGGUAUAAAAUUAACAGAAUGGUGUUGUAACAGCUUAGAUUUCAUCAAAUUAUUGUGGUCAAAUCAAUUUUAUAUAGAUAAGGUUUUAUUAAAUUUGUAUCAAAUCGAAUAUAUGGCUUUAUCUAUCAAAUUAAUGAUACUACGAGCGUUGGAUAAGUAUCUACAAAAACGUGAAACGAUCGAAAAAUUUGUUUCUAAAACAAAACAGAAUGGUUUUUAUGAAAAUAUCGAAUUUUCGGAACAAAAUGGUUACAAAACUUUAAUUGAAUUAAUGAGAAAGAAUCCUUUGGUGCGAUUAAAAUUUGCGUUAAAUUCAAUCAUAAAAAAGUUAAAUAUAUUUGAAGUCCUCCAAAAAUUAUAUUUAACAGUUACAAAAGUAAAAAAUGAAAAUUACUCGUUUAAUUUCGACGAGAUUAAAUUAAUAACAAAAAGUCUUGAACAAAUUUUAAAUUCAUUACAAAAUGAAAACUUUGCGCUUUCACAACCAAAAAGAUUUUUGCCCGUUGCCGCCCAAUUCGAAAUAAAUAACAUAGACGCAGAUAAUGUUUUAAUAAAUUUCUUUAGAAUGAACAAUUUAUUAAGCGUCUUUUUAAUAUUAUUAACACUUCCAAACACGUUAAAUCGUUCAUCGAUAAAAUCGCCAAUUUGUGAAAUAUUAUCACAAUUAUUAACGAGCGAGGAAGGUUUAGAAUAUUUAACCGAAAAUUAUGAAAUUUCUAACAUUAUCGUGAAAACGUUAAUUCAAACAGACGAAGAUUUACAAUUUAGUGAUUCUUUAGAAAUAAAAUCGUACAAUUUAGGUUUAGAAAUCGCUUAUAAAGUUCAAGCAAUUUAUCAUCUUGAUGCGCUUCGAAAUCUUGGUAAAAAUGGGUACGAUUAUGACAAUUUCGAUGUUAUUAACAAUUUACACGGUUUGUUUUGUUUGAUUUUUAAUAAUAUAGGUAAAAUUUCCGUCGCUGAAAUAUUAACGUUAAACAAAAAUAUGGAUGUACUUUUAAACUACAUUGAGAUAAUUUCAGAAAGGAUUGAUAAUAAGUAUAGAAAAUCACCUUCGAUUUGUUACAUCGUUGAUUUAAUUUAUUUAUCAGUUUCUUGUGUGAUUAACAUCGGAUUUUUAGAAAAAUACACAUCAAAAAUUAUGUUAAUAAUUAAACAACACGAUUUAUUUGAAAAUUACGUCGCAAAUAAAUUAAUGGAAAUCGAACCUUAUUUGCGAUCAAUUUACGAUUUAGAGGAUCCGUUAAGAUAUGACGAUAUAAGUUUGCACGUUGAUAUUAUUAAUAAACAUUUAGAUUUAAUAACUAAUUAUCCCCCGGAAAUAAUAAUAUCGUUAAAUGUAAUUAAAUAUUUAGGAAUAUCAAGGUAUUCAAAUAAAUCCCCGGUUUUAUCGGAAAACCCUUUAAGUAAUUACAUCGAAUUAAAAUACAAACAUGUUAUUUUGCAGUUAUAUUCAUUGGAUGGGGUUAAUUUAUUAUUAAAAAUUUUAAGUAAAAUUUGUAAUUAUUACGAACAACCUUCGUUGCACACACACAUUUUCGCCUCAAAUCAAGGUGUUCAAAUCGUUAAUAUAAUCCAACCCACAAUUGAAUUAUUAAAACAAAUGUUAACCUAUGUUAUUCAAUGCAGAAGUGUUAAAUUUAAGGAUUUAACAGCUGUUCCAAUUUUAUUACAAACGUUUAAUUUAUUAAAAACGUUCCCAUCAAAUUCGUUAUUUUAUUUUAAAACGAAUAAAAUUCGCAAGAAUAUCAUCGAUACAUUAUUAGUUUACACCCAACCUGUUUCUGAUGAAAUACAAGAUUCUUUAAAUAAAUCGUUAUGGUCUUUAAUGUGUGGGGAAGUUAUUAAAUACGUAACAACAGCCCCAUAUACAUUCAUUUCCGGGUUAUUAAUAUUUUCCGAAUUACUUCCCCUACCUUUACCAGUAAAUACAUUAGAACAAUUAAAUUCUGAUGAGAUAUCGUGGGUGAUUAAUUUAAGAAAACUUUGGUCCGCUCACCUCCACACCCACAGCAAUUCAAUCCAAGAAAUUUUAAAUCAUAUGUGUAUAACGACAAAUCAAAAUUUAAUGAAUUUGUUAAGAAGAGUUUGCGUGCAAUUAGGUGAUUUAGCCGCGAAUUCGGCUACGAUGAUAUCUAGAGGUAUUUUAGAUGCGAUUUAUACCGUUUUAACACCGAAAGAUGACUCAAAAAUUAUUAUUUGUAAUAAUAACACAACAAGACUUUUAAACUUUUUAGCAUGUCUAAUGACACAUAGUCCAUUAAAAUGCGCAACUUUACAAUUAUUACAUAGCACAACAACAACCAUAAAAGGUGACGAAAAAUAUCCAAUGCUCGUUGAAUCUUUUUGCCAAGUCUUAAAAACUAAUAACAAUUCAUCUUCUCAUAUUCAAGCCCAAGAAUGCGUUUUAAGUAUUAUUCAAAGCUUUUGCGACACCGAGAUAACUUUGUAUCAAAAUUUCACCGAAGAAACUUUAUCGUCAGAAAAAUUUUUAUCAAACGCACUUCCGAUUAAAGAACAUUUAGUAAUGUAUAUCUCAACGAUAAUCGAACAUUUAUCGAACGAAAACACGUUUGUAACUUACCUCCCAACGAUGAGAAUAUUAUUAUUAUUAACCGAACACGAUUAUGGUUUUUAUUAUCUCAAAGAAAACUUGUUAAAGAAAAAAAAUGUUUUUGGAAAUAUCUUUAAACAUAUUGAAAAGAAUUUUUCGAAAGAUAACGAUGAUUGUUUAACUGCGUUAAACAUUUUAUUGCAAUUUUUAAAGUGUACUUUAUCCCCCGAAGAAGUUGACGUGACGGUUUUGUUUAAACCGAGAAUAAAUAAGCUUAAUUUAGAGGAUGUGCAAAAUUUGAUCGAUUGGAAACCCGAAGAAAAUACACAUCCGUUAAGAUUUGUUGAAGAACAAUUAACGGAUAUUGUUAAAGAAGAUGCGAGCUUUGAAAAUUUAUUAACCACUUCAACUUCGUUAAUUAAACAAUUGGAUUCAAAUCGAAAUGAAGAAAAAGAAAAUUAUCUAGAAUGUAUUUUACCACCACCCGAACCUUUAUUAACACAAUUUGCUGGAAGAAUUAUUUAUACGAUUGGUGAUGGCAUUGAUCAAAGAUUAACUUCGUCGUUUUGGUUAUCACCACCUUCUGAAGAUAAUGAAGCGGAUGUUGAAAAUGUUACAUGUGAUUUACUAGAAAUAUGCAGACAACACUUAUCACAAGACACCAACUUAAUUCGUGAAGUUGAAAAAGUUUGUCGAAUUUAUGCAAUUGACAAAACAGAACAAGCAGAAAAAGAGAAACUAACGGAUCAACAAAAAGAUAAAAUUAAACGACCAUUUGUUCCAAAUGUAAGAGGACGAGGAUUUCCAAGAACAAUCCCUCAAAGAGCAGAUUUAUUCCGAUCCAGACCUCCAAACACUUCAAGACCUCCUUCACUUCAUGUUGAUGAUUUUGUAGCUUUAGAAACUUGCGGAGCUCAACCAACUGGACCAACCGGUUAUAACAAAUUGAGUAGAGAUUUUUUAGCCACCACAAGAGUUGUGAGAGGAACUCGUGGGAGACCCUUUAUUACGCAAGAAAGAACUAUGCAAUACAGACAAAUGUCCUGGUGGGGAACUCCAAUGGGAAGAGGCCCUUAUCAUUAGUGUCUCAAUUUAUAAAAUAAUUGAUGUUUUAGAAUGUGAAUUUUCAACUUUUCUUGUUUAAAAUGAAGUUG